AUGGCCUCCCCGAACCCGGCAGUGCAGGCCGCUCUCCCUGCUCUUCUCGGCUUCCACAACCAGGUCCAGCUUCGUCACCGGUCCGAGUCGGAGCAGAGCAUCAGCAGCAGCGGGUGCAGCACGGAUAGCGCACAGCCAACAUCACCCAGCACACCGCCCAUCGGUCGCCUCUGCCUGGUCGAGGAUCCGCCCAUCGCCUCGCCCAGCUCGAGCUUCUCGUCCUUCUUUCCCUGGGUCGAUGCCGAUCCCGCCGACGAGGAGAGGCAGGCCAGCGCCAAGCUCAGUCCACGUCCGGUAUCUGUCUUCAAUUCGCCGUCCAAGAGCGAGCAGACACGGCCUGAGCUGGGCACCUCGCCAUACAGGAGCUUCAGGAGGCCUCUGCCGCCGAUUCCACAGAUGCCGAUACGUGCAUCGACUACGGGAUCGCCUAGGACCCCGCUCCGCACUCCUGGCCUGUCGACGCUCUUUUCUGGCGACCUGAUCGAUCGGACCGCUUUGACAGCGUCACCCGCCACGACGGAAUGGUCGAUUGCUCCGCUUGGUGAAGAUCCAGACGAGUCCGACGUGACUCCGAGCAGGGCCUCGAGCACGCUCAGCCGCCCGGGGCAGGACCACGAAUCGCCCUCGGAGUCGGAGUCGGACGACGACGGCGCCCAGCACUCGCGAACCAAGGACAGCGUCGAGCUGGCCGACUAUGGCGAGGACAGCGGCGAGAUUCAGAUCCCUACUAUUUCGACGACGAGAGCCAUGGUCGACGUUCGACAUCGUCCGCGGCCGGCAGCGUCGGCGGCACAGCGCUACGACAUCUAUACGGACAAGCACCUUCCUGGCUACGAGGUCCGAUCUCGCAGACCGGCGUGGCCAUCGACCUCGUUCGAAAGCUCUGCUGAUGGACUUGAGCAGGACACCGAAGGCGACUCGACGUUUAUCCGGACACCUCGGCAGGUCUGCGGCUGGAAGGCGGUCCUGAUGCAUCCGAAGAAGCUGGAGCCCUCGAGAACGGUAUGGACAGACACGCACGGCAAGCGCAGGAGCAAGGUGCUGGGCCAAAUCGCCUUUGAAGCGCGACAGGAGCCCCUGAAGCUCCACUUUGACUUCCGGGCGGGCUCCGGCAUCGUGGCUACGAUGCGUCAGGGGCAUCACCUCCUUCGUCGCGAGUGGCAUAUCUCGCUCAUAGAUGGGACGAAGCUCACCUGGAAGAUGACCAAGGGCGAGCUAGCCCUGUACCUCGCCCCUGAGGACGUUCAGGUCGCCGUCUUCCGCAAGGCACCGCGAGGGUCCAGGGGCCAGGCUGCAAAGGUAGGACGAUUGGAGGUGACGCUGCCCGGCCAGGGGCAGAAGCGUCGAGCCAGCUGGUACGACCCUUCGAUAUCGCGGAAAGGCGAGGUGCCGAUGGAUCACCUCAUCCUGGCGAGCUUGGUGGCCAUCUUUGCAGCCUGCGGCGGCCACAACAGGGUCAAGGCCGGAGCUGAGACGGAAGACGACGCGGCAAGUCCUGUCGCUGCUGAUGCACCUCGGUCGGACGUGGACGACUUCCUCGUCAGCUCGCCGUUGGAAGUCCACCUCGAUGAGAUCGAGACAGCCUCGCCGACAAGGCCUGUACAACAGGAGGGCUUGGCGGUCGACGAGUCGCCCACCACGUUCGAGGUUCGUCCUACCCGUGCGCCCUCGCUGCUCUCGUCGACGAGCGGCAUGCGGAUCGAGAGGUCAGAAAGCACCGCUCGAAGGAGCCUGAUGUCGAGGAUCCGUCGACGAUCCACGGUCCAGGAGCGCGUCGUCAUCGAGGAGGAACCUUCGGAUGCCGAGGAGGCAGGCGAAGACGUGGCGCGGGCACCGAGCCCACUCAGCAAUCCUUGGCUCGUCCGCGAAGCUCAGGGAGGCAGACAGAAGUCGUGA